AGCCGUAAAAAUGAUUGUGUCAAAUUUCAACUGAUGAUCUGGAUCGUCCAAAUAAUAUGCCAAGAAUUUACCAUUGAUCCUGGGUACUCAAAUGCCCAAGUUCAACUACUAUCCGGAAUUCUUGAAAAGACGAUUUAAAAAAAAGAAGAGUAUAGUUGGAAUUCAUGUCGGUGGGAACAAUGCAAAUGCAAUCUGCUAGUCUCCCUUCGACUAUUUCAGUUUCGUUUACUUGUUUCUCAAUUUUCUUCUCUACGAGACUACGAUUUUUCUCUUCGCUCGCCCACUGCCCAUCUCGUGAUCGUUUUCUUGAUACAGAGAAUUGCAGAGAAGGAUAAAGAAAACCGCUCUCUCUUGUAUUGGUGCAUGUAAGGAUGAAAACAAGCUUUUAUGGAUCAAGGGGCAAACAGCUCUCUCUUACUCUUGUUGUUUUGAUUUGCACAACCUUCCUUAUAUGGGCAUGGGAGAAAACCCUACUUGGCACCACAUUCUUCCCACUUCAAAACUGGUUCGUGAUGCCCUCUUCAGAGAUUGCGCAUGUGGUAAGCUCAGCAUCUUCAAAACCAGAUACUUUUACAAAGGAAGAUUUAUUGUAUGCAGUAACAGAUGAAGAAACUAGGACUGAAAACAUGGAACAAGCUUUCAAUGCAGUUGCACCAUUGGGGUCUGCAAACAUAAGCUCUCUUCAGAGUAGUAAAAUUAAUGGGAAUUCAUUAACACUCUCUGUGGAGAAGAAAGCCUGUAAUUAUGCCAAGGGAAAAUGGGUUGAGGACAAUGGACGGCCACUAUAUUCUGGGUUUGGUUGUAAAAAAUGGUUGUCAAAGAUGUGGGCUUGUAGGUUGAACAAACGCACAGAUUUUUCCUACGAGAACUUCAGAUGGAAGCCAGAUAAUUGUGAGAUGCCAGAUUUUGAAGCAUCUAAAUUUUUGAAAAGAAUGCAGGACAAGACUGUAGCUCUUGUUGGGGAUUCAUUGGGCAGGCAGCAGUUCCAAUCACUAAUGUGUAUGCUGACAGGUGGCAAAGAGAGGCCUGAUGUCAUGGAUAUUGGAAGGGAAUAUGGUCUUGUCAAAGCUCCCGGUGCUAAAAGGCCUGAUGGUUGGGCUUAUUGGUUUCAGGAAACCAAUACUACUGUCCUCUAUUACUGGUCAGUUUGCCUCUGUGAUGUGGAGCCUCUUAACAUCACUGGUCCCAAUACUGAAUAUGCUAUGCACCUUGAUCGUCCAACAGCAUUCCUGCACCGGUACCUUCACAUGUUUGAUGUGCUGGUCCUUAAUACAGGACACCAUUGGAACAGAUGGAAGCUUACACAAAACCGCUGGGUCAUGCAUGUUGGUGGUGUGCCUAAUAUGAAGUUCACAGAUAUUGCAGAUGCCAAAAAUUUCACAAUCUAUAGUAUUGUCAAGUGGCUAGACUUGCAGCUCCCAAAACAUCCACAGCUGAGGACCUUCUUCAGGACUAUUUCACCCAGGCAUUACUUGAAUGGGGAUUGGAAUUCUGGGGGAACCUGUAAUAAUACCACCCCACUGGCUGGAGGGAAGGAAGUUUUGCAAGACAAAUCCAGUGAUCCUGUAGCUGAGGGGGCUGUGAAUGGCACAAGUGUUAAGCUUUUAGACAUAACUGCUCUCUCCCAGCUGAGAGAUGAGAGCCACAUAUCCCAGUAUAGUAUUGAAUUUCCACCUGGUAUCCAGGAUUGCUUGCAUUGGUGUUUACCAGGCAUUCCUGAUACAUGGAAUGAGAUCCUUCUUGCACAGCUCUAGGCCAUAUUAGCAUUGAUGAUGAAGCCUUCUAAUAGAAAUGUUGUCUGCCUUGGAGAUACCUCAAUGUCUAUGGAACCAACCAGAAGCACCAGAUUGACCGACUGACCACAAGGAUUAUCUAUCCCCAUAGGUGGUGCCAAAUCAGGAGAUGGAAACCACUCAAAUGGGAUGUUUGUCUUGUAUUUGAGAGCACAUAUUCACCAUCUAAAAUGGAGUCAUUUCUUCUUGUUAAGAAAAGAUAUUAGCAAGGACAGCUCCAGAGUUGCAAUGAGUGAAACUCAUUAUAAUUACCUCUGAUGAAUUGAAAUGACUCCAAUUUAGAUGAGGAUGUUGUGUGUUCAUGUUAUUAAAAGCUAAUCUAAAAGGAUUUCAUUUCAUGUCAUCCAAAUUCUCAAUUGAUUUGUUAGUCGUUUCCUGCUUACUCCAUAAACUGCUCCUUUGGCCCACUCACUCAGCAGAUUCUGUCUUAUAGAACCUGUUAUAUUUGCUUCAUUGUCUAGUUGUACCUCACUAGCACAAGUACCACUGGGAGUAGGUAUUUUGAAGUCAAGUUUGCCUUUCAAUUACUACCUUGCAUCAGCGGAGCAGCUUGUACAUGGGAGUAGACAGAAUUGAGUCAAUUGAUUUGUCAGCAGUUAAUUAAUGGGUAAUAAUUAGUUCAAGGUAAUCUUGUUUGCAUGAUGAACACCUCUCAUAAAUAAGAAAUCUUAUGGGACCA